AUGUCUUCGCCGUUCUCGAUAAACGGCGGUGCCUGCGUCGCCAUGGUGGGCAAAGACUGCGUCGCCAUCGCCUGCGAUCUCCGCCUCGGCAUGCAAGCACUCACUGUGUCAAACAACUUCCCCAAGAUCUUCCAAUACGGCGACGUCUUCCUUGGCCUGACAGGUCUCGCAACCGAUGUGUCAACCGUCUCCGAUCUCUUCCGCUACAAAGUCAACAUGUACCGGCUGCGCGAGGAGCGCAACAUCAGCCCGCAGACCAUGGCCAACCUCGUCAGCUCGAGUCUGUACGAGCGGCGGUUUGGCCCAUACUUCGUCAGCCCGGUGAUUGCAGGGAUCAAUCAGACCACGGGGAAGCCGUUCAUCUGCGGCUUUGACAGCAUUGGAUGCAUUGAUUUCGCGAAGGACUUCAUCGUGAGCGGAACGGCGAGUGAUCAGUUGUUUGGUACUUGCGAGGGUUUAUGGGAGCCGGAUCUGGGACCAGAAGACCUCUUCGAGACAUGCUCGCAAGCGCUGCUCAACGCCGUGGACCGAGACGCCCUAUCAGGCUGGGGAGCACACGUCUACAUUAUCGAAAAGGACAAGGUGACGAAGCGGUUAUUGAAGGGCAGGCAAGAUUGA